GGUUGUGUGUGAGGUUGGACCAGCACAUUAUGCUCAGUCUGGAAUCAUUAAUAUAAUGGUAAAUGGGAAGGAAGGAAUCUCGCCGAAUAGUUUUACCUUUACCUACCAGGAACCAGAGCCGACAUCUCUGAGACCCGUUGAAGGAGUGCUUGCUGGAGGAACGCAUGUUACAAUAUCCGGAAAUAAUCUAGAAACUGGAUCAAAAAAUGAUGUCCAAGUGUCCCUCGACGGUUUCCCGUGUAAAGUCAUUUCAUUUGGUGAAGAAAUAAUCUGCAUUACAAGUGAGGCAAAGAAAGAAGGAAACGUCAAAGUGAAGAUGUCCUAUGGUACGAACACCUUAAAAGAAGCUGGAAAGUUUACAUACAGAAGCAAUCCCAUCAUUUCCCAGUUUUACCCUGAUCGCAGUUUUGCCAGUGGAGGAAGAAAUAUCACCAUUUCUGGGAUAGGAUUUAAUCUUGUGCAGCAUUUCAGCAUGAUGGCCACAUUGCAAACAAGAAGAGAGAAAAGAGAACUGGAGGAUCAUGGCUGGCAUAUAAUAGAAAAGGAAGACAUCCUUGAGAAAGUUGAUGACACCGUAAUAAUAUUCUCCUCUCCUCAAGUACCGGAAAAUUACCAGAACUCAGAGGUUAUUGUAGUGAUUCAAAUGGAUGGGUUUGUGACACCUCUGCAGACAACUGAUCUCUCUUUCAAUUAUCUCCAUGAUCCUACUUUUGAUAACUUCACAGAUGGGAUCAAAAAACAAGUGAACAAUCUCAUAAAUGCCAAGGGCAAUAACCUAAAUUCCGCAAUGACCAUAGAAGAGGCAAAAGCUUUUGUCGGUGAAGGCGUUUGCAAGAUAAAUACUUUAACUGCAACAGACUUGUACUGUGUUCCACCUGAAGAACAACCUCCACCCAGAAAGCGCCAUAAGAGAGACACCACAGACAACUUGCCAGAGUUCACGGUUAAAUUUGGAAACCGAGAAUGGAUACUGGGAAAAGUAGAAUAUGGACAGUCCCCAGCAAUUCCCUUGCACAUAAUUAUUCCAGUAGUGCUCAUACCAAUGAUCCUAAUCAUUGUCAUAGCUGUCUACUUCUAUCGCCUGCCGCUGGUAAAAGAAAGACCGGGGGAACAUGGAGCAGGUUGGGGAAACAGAGUCGCCUAG